AUUGUCAAAGUGGUGUUAUUUUUCGGAGUUCGUGCUAAGUGAGGGUAUCGUGUUCUUCGAUUUUCGAGCGAAAUACGUGAAAGAAUUAUUGUCAACGAGCGAUGGAAGCCGGUGCGAGUACGGGUACUCGUACGACGCGUUUUAUGAUGGAAGGCGUUGGUGCCCGAGUCAUUCGUGGGCCGGAAUGGAAGUGGGGAAAACAGGAUGGCGGAGAAGGUCAUGUGGGUACUGUCAGAAACUUUGAAUCACCAGAAGAGGUUGUAGUUGUGUGGGAUAAUGGUACAGCAGCUAAUUAUCGAUGCUCUGGAGCCUUUGAUCUACGUAUACUAGAUUCUGCACCAACUGGAGUAAAACAUGACGGGACAAUGUGUGAUACCUGUCGUCAACAACCUAUUUUCGGAAUAAGAUGGAAGUGUGCUGAAUGUGGCAAUUAUGAUCUGUGUUCUAUUUGUUAUCAUGGGGAUAAGCAUCACUUGCGACAUAGAUUUUUUCGUAUUGCUACACCAGGAAGUGAAAGAGUUUUGCUAGAGCCUCGACGGAAAAGCAAAAAGAUUGCCAUUCGUGGUAUAUUUCCUGGUGCAAGAGUCGUACGAGGUGUGGACUGGCAAUGGGAAGAUCAGGAUGGUGGAAAUGGUCGUCGGGGAAAAGUUAAUGAGAUACAAGACUGGUCUGCAGCUAGCCCACGUUCAGCGGCUUAUGUUAUUUGGGAUAAUGGUGCUAAAAAUUUGUACAGAGUUGGUUUUGAAGGAAUGGCGGAUUUAAAAGUAGUUAAUGAUGCAAAAGGGCAAACAGUAUAUAGAGAUCAUUUACCGUUAUUGGGUGAGCAAGGUCCUGGUCGAACAGGACCUCAUGGUUUGCAAAUUGGUGAUCAAGUCAAUGUCGAUUUGGAAUUGGAAAUUGUUCAGUCGUUACAACAUGGGCAUGGAGGUUGGACAGAUGGCAUGUUUGAAUGCCUUGGCACCACAGGAACGGUUGUCGGUAUUGACGAAGAUCAUGACAUUGUUGUCUCUUAUCCAAGCGGCAAUCGAUGGACUUUUAACCCCGCUGUACUUACUAAAGUUCAGAUACCCGUUCCUGUUACUAGCUCAAGUUCUGACAAUCAGACAUUUGCUGUUGGGGAUUUAGUGCAAAUAUGUAAUGAUAUAGAAAAAAUUAAAUUACUCCAACGUGGUCAUGGAGAAUGGGCUGAGGCAAUGGCUCCGACUUUGGGAAAAAUAGGUAGAGUGCAACAAAUAUAUCAUGAUGGAGACUUAAAAGUAGAAGUUUGUAGUACAUCAUGGACAUAUAAUCCACAAGCUGUUACAAAGGUUGCUAGCAGCGACGGUAGUGUCCCGGGAAAUAGUAGUGGUGAACGAUUAUCAGCUUUACUGAAAAAAUUAUUUGAGACCCAUGUUUCGGGUGAUGUUAACGAAGAAUUAGUGAAAACAGCAGCAAAUGGUGAUGCCACUAAAUGUGAAGAAUGUUUGAAACGACCGGAAGCCGAUGUUAACGGUGUAUUUGCCGGUCACACCGCUUUGCAAGCUGCGAGUCAAAAUGGGCAUUUAGAAGUUAUUAAAAUCCUUCUCCGAUAUAAAGCGGACGUAGAAAUAGAAGAUAAAGACGGUGAUAGAGCCGUACACCAUGCUGCCUUUGGAGAUGAGCCAGGAGUCAUGGCACUUCUCGCUGGUGCCGGUGCCGAUUUAAACGCUCGAAAUAAAAGACGUCAGACGGCUCUUCAUAUCGCGGUUAAUAAAGGACACGCUGGUGUUGUGCGAACGUUGUUGGAAUUGGGAUGCCAUCCAAGUCUACAGGACUCCGAAGGUGACACGCCGCUUCACGACGCGAUCUCUAAGAAACGGGAUGACAUGUUGGCUCUGUUGUUGGACCACGCCGCAGACAUCACGCUCACCAACAACAAUGGCUUCAACGCUCUGCACCACGCUGCUCUUCGUGGCAACCCAAGCGCGAUGCGGGUGCUGCUGUCGAAAUUGCCGCGGCCGUGGAUCGUCGACGAGAAGAAGGAUGAUGGCUACACGGCACUCCAUCUGGCCGCUCUAAACAAUCACGUGGAGGUCGCCGAGCAACUGGCACGCGCUGGGAAAGCCGAUUUGGACCUGCAGAAUGUGAACCUGCAGACCGCCCUGCAUCUGGCAGUCGAGCGACAACACACGCAGAUUGUCCGAUUGCUGGUUCGCGAAGGCGCGAAUCUGAACGUCGCCGACAAGGACGGAGACACACCCUUGCACGAGGCUCUUCGGCACCACACGCUGUCGCAGCUGCGCCAAUUGCAAGACGUGCAGGAUGUCGGACGGCUGCUGAUGGGCCUGGGCACCCAGGGUCAGGACAAGAAGAGCAGCUCCUUUAUCGCCUGCUUCUUGGCGGCGCACGGCGCCGAUCUCGAGCUGAAGAACAAGAAGGGCCAGACGCCCUUGGAUCUCUGCCCGGAUCCGAAUCUCUGCAAAACCCUCACUACGUGCCACAAGGACAAGGAGUCACACGAUAUCGAAGUCAUCCCGUCAGCGGCGAUCGACGAGUGCCUCGUGUGCUCUGACGGCAAACGGGAGAUGCUUUUCAGUCCUUGCGGACACGUAGCUUGCUGCAACGUCUGUGCGCCGAGAGUAAAGAAAUGCCUAAUUUGCCGUGAAAAUGUUCUUUCCCGAGUGAAGAUCGAAGAAUGCGUGGUGUGCUCGGAUCGCAAGGCAGGCAUGCUGUUUCGCCCGUGCGGACACAUGUGCGCCUGCGAGAGCUGCUCGGCCCUAAUGAAGAAAUGCGUGCAGUGCCGGGCUCAAAUAGUGCACAUGGUGCCGCUCUCGGUGUGCUGCGGCGGCGGAGGCGACGUCACUUACGUGAAGGGAUGCAAUGCCUCAGGAAUAAUAUCCGAAGCCAAGACGGACAUCGAGGAAGAGCCGGCGCCCUCGAACAACACCGUGGCCGGGGAAGCUCUUUUAAUGAACAACGGCAGUCGAGAUACUUCCCACAGCGACAUACAAAAACUACAGCAGCAAUUGCAGGAUAUCAAGGAACAAACCAUGUGUCCGGUUUGUCUGGAUCGUCUGAAAAACAUGAUCUUCCUGUGCGGACACGGCACCUGCCAAAUGUGCGGCGACCGGAUGUCGGAGUGUCCAAUAUGUCGCAAGGCGGUCGACAAGCGCAUUCUGCUCUACUAAAAAUAAAAGACAAGUCACCAACCACGGCUACGCGCUGGAAUUUCCCGAGGACAAUUAUCUAUACGAUAGACGAAUCGUACAACGGCUCGUACAAAAGAAUCACAAUUUGCGAUCGUUCGCGACAGAUCGCAAAAAGAAAAGCUGGUCGCUUCUUUACAUCACAUUUACUUUUGUCAGAUGGAAUAUUAUGCCAGACCGAAUUGAAAAGCAUCAUUGUUUUCCAUAAAAUAAAAUACGUCGUAAUACAAUAAUGGCAUAAAACUGGAGGAUAGUAUAUCACGAUGGUGAAUGCUAAUUAUUUUCGAGCUAUAUUAGUUCAUAGAAAGCUAAGCUGAUUGAUAAAGCGCGAUGAAAAACGAGACGUACGCACAAUUAUUAUUUAACAUUCGUAAUUCUAAAGCAAGGAAAACUCGUUGCAUGAUAAAUGAUAUAUUAUAUUGUUAAAGUUGCGUUUCUCAUAUGACAAAUGGCUAUUAACACACACUGUAUCAUAUUUCCACUAAGAAAUAUGCGUUCUACAGAGCUUUUAUUUAUAAGUCAUUCGUAAGCACUUGUUUCUUGCAUAAUUAAAAAUUGAGAAAAAGCUCAGUAGAUAUUAGACGAAAAGUUCUUCCAGAUAUUUAUUAUUACAUAGGAACAAUGUCUUACAUCUAUAUUGAGAUUUCCACGUAGAUUGCCAAAAUUAAUAAGUAAAUUAUUGUAUUUGUGUACUAUUUUAUCUUUUGAAGUAUUAAAAUAACAAAUUAUUGUAGGAUUGUGAAAUUAUAUUGUUCAUUGCAAUCGGCUUAACAUAUAUGACAUUAUUUAUACAGAUAUCAAAAUAAAUAAAUAAGUCGAUAGAAAUGUUUUGAGUUCAAUGCAGUGGCAGAUCUAUCGGUGGACGAAUAAAGUUUUCUUUUUUUUAAAUUUAUGUCAAUUGUUAUUAUCUAUUAUUUUAAUAAGUAACAAUUAUAUUAAUUGAUAUGUUACUGACAUUUCAAGUCGUAGUUUUUGGCACAGUUUCUUAUGUUGGUUAAUUUGGUUAAUAUAAUAAAUAUAUAUAUAUAUAUUUAUUUAUUAGUAUUACUAUAUACAUUUCAAGUUGUAGUUUCUGGCAAACAGUUUCUUAUGUUAGUU